AUGUACGACUACGAUCUAUUGCAUAAAAUUCAUGGUAACCUUCUUACGAAAUGGGAUUUAAAUCGCUUGAGCAUUUUAACAUCUAAAGGAGAACAAGAACAAAGCUACUUUCAACCUUUUCCUUUUUUCAAUGCUAAAGCUACACAAUUUAUAAAGAUUUAUACUUCGAUUCAUUUAUCAGCAAGUUUAUUUCCUGGUCAAGCAAUACAAGAAGAAUAA